AUGUACCAAGAACCAUCCAAAGUCUGGCUGAUCACCGGCUGCUCAACCGGUUUCGGCGCAGCUCUAGUCUUGGAAGCACUCUCACAAGGUUACAAAGUGAUCGCAACAGCUCGUAGCGUCUCGAAACUUGCAAACCUUACAGAAGCUGGAGCGGACACCCUCGAGCUCGAUGUCACAGCAUCUCUCGACGAUCUCAAAGCUAUCGCCAAACAGGCUUAUUCGAUUCACAAUCGCCUCGACAUUCUCGUGAACAAUGCUGGCUAUUCUCUUCAAGGUACAAUCGAGGAGCUCACACCCGAAGAGACACAAUCCCAGUUCGACACUAACGUUUUUGGUCUUCUCAAUGUGACCCGAGCAUGCUUACCAUAUUUCCGUGCUCAGCGAUCAGGUACCAUCGCCAACAUUUCUUCGAUUGGCGCCUGGAGAGGAGCUCCGGGUAUAGGAACCUACACCUCUUCGAAAUGGGCAGUUUCCGGCUUUAGUGAGACCAUGACGGGUGAACUUGCGGAUUUCGGAAUUAAAGUAUGCUGCAUUGAGCCAGGAUAUUUCAGGUCGAGUUUCCUGAAUCCGGGUAACCGCAAGACGGAUCAGAGGCGCAUCCCAGAGUACGAAGGCACUAUGGGUGACAAGGUUACCAAAAUGAUGGAUCAGUACGAUAACAAUCAGCCUGGGGAUGUCAAGAAGGGAGCAAAGGUUAUGGUGGACGUACUUAGUGAGAGAAGCGGACGGGGUGUGCCAAUACGAUUGGCUUUAGGUGGGGAUGCCUACCAUGCUAUCAAGCAAAAGUGCGAGGAAACGCUGGAAUUGUUAGAGGCCUGGAAGGACAUUACUACCACUACCGAUCACGAUGAUGUCAAGCAUUGA